UGUUUUGCAGUUUUCUUAUAGUCAGCAUUUGCAAGACGUAAAGUCUUGAAGACUAAAACAAUAAAAAAAUGACUGAAUAUGAGGAAUAUAUUUAUGUGCUCAAAGAAUUUAAGGAGCAGCAUCAAGAGAGAUUAAUGCAUCGUAGUUUGACAACAAAUUUGUUGUGUGAGUAUGCGCAGGACAUUUUCUAUUCAAUGAUGGAACAGGAAGGACGACGCUUUCCGAUACUUUUUAUGUCCUCGCAUAUUAAGGAUCGUCCCCAUCUGCUCCAGUUCUGCGAGACACUCACCAAACAAUACAGUCUCAACCGCGUCGUUUUGCAUUUAGCGAUUUACUAUUUGGAUCGCUUCAUCGAUCGCUUCACCAUUCGACAAGACAAAUUGAAUUUGGUGGCGAUUGUUUCCAUUCAUCUGGCGUCCCAGAUGGAGAACUCGGAUGCAUAUGUGCCACGCUAUAGCGAUAUGAAUAGUUUGGUUAAUUAUUGUUACACGGCCUUUGAGUUCAAGGCGGUAGAGCGCAAAAUAUUGUGCUUUUUCGAUUUCGAGUUGAUACGUCCGACCACUGCCAGCUUUGUCGAGCUCUUCUCAGACAGUUUUUUAACAGAAGAGGAUUAUAUCGCAUAUUCCCAGAUGUUAGUGGAAGAUAAUCAACAUGUGCAGGGCAGGCAGCAUGCAGCUUAUGCCAGUUUGCAGCAGAUGAUUACUUACUUGGCUGAACUUUUACUGCGUAUGGCCGACUACACCCUACGAAUCAAUAGAUUUGGCAAUGUACCACCCUCUUUGCUGGCCGCCAGUUGCAUUGCAUCUGUGCGACAGGUGAGCGGUGUGCCCCAACGGUGGACCUUAUAUCUCACCGACUUGACAUCCUACACAGAACCGGAGUUGCAAUCAUAUGCAGACAUUAUAACAAUUUAUCACUACUAUUACAGUGCAAAUAAUCCAGAGGAUCAGAUCAGCACACCAGUCUCGCAAUAUCAGCCGCAGGACGAGCUGAAACAUUGGUCCAGCCCAGAUUCUGGUUUCGAUGAUUACUUGUCGGUGUCGCACGAUGGCGCAGCAACUAUAAUUGACAUUCAGCUGCUUGGAGAACCAAUUGGCACAGUUGAGAAAAAUGUGUCGGUGCCGCAGGAUGGCGUAGCUACUGUAGUUGACAUCCAGAUACUGAAAGAGCCAUUACGUAUAGUUAAGAGAAGUGUCUCGGUUCCACAGGAUGAUGUAUCAACUGUUGUUGAUAUUCAGAUACUAUCAGAACCUGUUAAGAGAAAGUUGGACACAGUAAACGAUGAUAUUGGUGGCGAACAACAAGCAGCUAAACGCCAAAAACUCAACUAAGGUUAAAUUUCUGAGCAGGUGUUCUUGACGGACGUCUUCCUGUAGCUGAAAAA